CAGCAAAAUUCUAGUUUUAAUCCCAAUGACUGCUGGCAUUUGCUUUCAGGCUUCCUGUAGAGGUGCCUAUUCAGAUAAAGAUUCUGUUUGGGACAAUGAUGUUGCCAAGCUAGGAAUAUUUCUAUUUGUCAGAUUAAGCUGUAAAUGCAGGAAAUGCUCAUCAGAUCAAGUAACAUAAUUAGACUUUUCUUUAUCCUUUUGCCAAGACUGAGGAACUGAAAAAGUAGUGUGUUUGAAGUUUCAGAGGACAAGGAGGAUAGAGAUUCCAAUAGGGUGAAUAUUUAAGUUGUCGUGGAAAUAGUUGCAUGUGGAAAUGAAAAGAAACUCAAAGGUACUAUAUGUGGAGAGGAUGAACAAGAUAAUUUGAAAUUCUUUAAUUUGUUAUUAAUUACCAUGGGCUAUAACAUACCCAAAUGAAAGAUGAGGUGUUUUUCUUUGCAGUUCUGUUGAGCAUUAAAAGAGCAAUGUAAGAGGCUGAAGAGUCAGAGAAGAGAAUGGAAAUGCAAUGGUGUUCAAAUGACAAGAGGCUGGAAGGUUGCAGUCAUCCUUGCAGAAUGAGUAGCGAUGUUUCAGGAAUUUGCAUUUUAUUUCUUCAGCUAUGCCUCAAAAACAGAAGAUGAAGAAAACCACUACCGAGAAGACAAGGCAACUUGGAGCAGAACCAAGGCCCACUUCACAAAGAACCGCAGACUCAGGUACAUUAUACCACCGGCGAUAAGGAACAGGAAACUGCAGCAACAUCGGACAUUCCUGAAGGAAAAGACCAUCGAGAACUACACAAGCGCAAAGGAAGGAGCAUGUGCAAACGGGAGCAACCAGAACUACAAAGCCCAGAUACGACUGCAACUGAAAGUGAUAGUGAAUCUGAGGGAGAGUCAGAUUCUCUGGAAAGAUCAGACGGAGAUGGAGAUAAAAGUUCUUCUGGAAAUAUAGAAAAGACUUUGAGGCAAAUAAUGCGUAAAUUAGGCACAUUAAAAGUAAUCAAAAAGAAAUUAAAAGUAAUCAAAAAGAAAUCAAAGAAAAAAUGAUAAAUAUGGAAAUUAUGUUUGAUAAAAUGACAAAGAGACAGGAAAAAAUGGAAAAGAGAAUUAUAGACUUGGAAACUACAACGGAAGACAUGGUUGAAAGAAUGAACAAAAUGGAAGAUGAGAAUACUGCUUGGACAUCAGAAAGGAAACAAUUUAUGGAAAAAAUUGAUAGGCUUGGAAAUUUUAGUAGACGAAACAAUAUUAAAAUUGUUGGACUUAAAGAAUUUGAAGUACGUGAUGAUCCAAUAAGUUUUUUUUCAAAAAUGGAUCCCUGAAAAAUUGGAAAUGGAAGGACAAACUCCAAUUGAGAUAGAAAGGGCUCACAGAACCUUAAGGUCAAGACCUCAACCUGGUCGAAAUCCACGAUCAAUUUUGAUAAAAUGCUUAAGAUACCAAGAUAAAGAAAAGAUCCUGAAGGCGGCUGCCCAAAGAGCCAAAAAUAGAAACGGGCCAUUGAUGAUAGCAGGGAAACCAGUUCUUUUUUAUCCUGAUAUAAGUUAUAACCUUUUGAAGAGAAAGAAGGAACUUAACCCAGCGAAAAAAGCCUUAUGGGAAAAAGGUUAUAAAUUUAUGAUGCGUCACCUAGCAACAUUGAUAAUUUUUUUGAAGGAGGGAAAAAGAAGAUUUUUUUCCGAUUGUCGAGAAGCGGAGGUGUUCGAACAAGAACUUCCAUCUAGUGGCUAAUUAUACAUAGAGACUUCCAAACGUAAUGGAUUAAAGAUGAAGAUAGAGACAGUGAACAGAAGUGAUGGACAUUUAAGGAUAAUAUAGAGGAGAAAAGCAAAAUUUUAGAAACACUAAUUGAGAAUAGUAUUUUUUUUUCUUCUUAAGUAUAUACUUUUUUAUGUUGCGGGGGGGAGCUGGGGAGCUUUGGACCGGUUUCUGCGGGAUUCACGUGUGUAAUCAUAGCGAUUGCCAUGACCCGUACAACAGAGGGGGGUAAUGUUGUGUUUUUUUUUCACAACAUUAGUAGGGGGGUAUUUUGUUUUUUUCUUUAUAUUCUAUUUUUCUUCUAUCUUUUUGCCUGGAUGAUUGGUGGGGACACACAUAGCAAGGAGAAUUUUAAAAAGAUUUCCCAAGUUACCACAAAAGUUGAAAGAUUAGGUAUUAUUAUAGCUUGGAGUAACAUAAUUAAAAAUAAUGACUAAUUUAUUGAAUUUUUUAAUUUUUAAUGUUAAUGGGCUUAAUGGACCGGUAAAAAGAAAAAGAAUUCUAACAUACAUUAAAAAAAUGAAAACAGAUAUAGCAUUUUUACAAGAAACACACUUAACAGAUAAAGAACAUCAGAAAUUAAAAAGAGACUGGGUUGGAAAUGUUAUUGCAGCUUCAUUUAAUUCAAAGGCGAGAGGAGUUGCAAUUUUGGUUAAUAAAAAUUUACCAAUUAAAAUACAAAACGUAUUAAUUGAUUCGGCGGGGAGAUACGUAAUUAUACAUUGUCAAAUUUUUUCGGAACUAUGGACUCUUAUGAAUAUUUAUGCACCAAAUGAAAAUGAUGUAAAAUUUAUGCAGGAGGUCUUUUUGAAUUUGGCUAACGCACAUGACAAAAUAUUAAUAGGUGGAGAUUUUAACUUUUGUCUAGAUCCAGUUUUAGAUAGAUCAACAAAGGUGGUCACAAAAUCAAAAGUAGUAAAAUUAACUCUAUCAUUGAUGAAAGAUUUAAACUUGAUAUAUGGAGAAGAACAAAAGAAAGAGAUUACUCAUUUUAUUCAAAUAGACAUAAAACAUAUUCAAGGAUAGAUUUUUUCCUAUUAUCAAAAUAUUCAAGAUAGAGUGAAAAAUGUGGAAUAUAAAGCGAGAAUAUUGUCAGAUCAUUCGCCUUUGAUAAUGACAAUGAUAAUGACAGAUAAAGAAGAAUCAAUUUAUAGAUGGAGAUUUAAUUCAAUGUUACUAAAACGUCAAGAUUUUUGUGAUUUUAUGAAAAAGCAGAUUCUGUUCUUUUUAGAUACAAAUUCACAUUCAGUUGAUGAUAAAUUCAUAUUGUGGGAAGCAAUGAAGGCAUACUUAGGUAAGAUAAUAAGUUAUACUUCUAAAAUUAAGAAGGAAUAUAUGAUAGAAAUAGAUCAAUUGGAAAAAGAGAUUACAAAAUUAGAAAAAGAAUCUCAAAGAAAUAUGACAGAAUAAAAACAAAGACAACUUAUUAAUAAGAAGUUACAAUAUAAUACACUCCAGACAUAUCGAACAGAAAAAGCAAUUAUGAGAACUAAACAGAGAUAUUAUGAACUAGGUGAAAGAUCACAUAAGGUCCAUGCAUGGCAGUUAAAAGCAGACCAGACUUCUAAAACAAUAAAUGCAAUUCGAACAAGAGUAAAUAAAAUUACUUAUAAACCUUUAGAAAUUAAUGAAACUUUUAAGAAUUUUUAUUCUGAGUUGUAUAAAUCAGAAUCACAAAAUGACAAUGUCAAGAUAGAAAGAUUUUUAUCACAAAUAACUCUUCCAAAAUUAAAUACGGAAGAAAAGAAGGAAUUAGAUAUGCCUUUUACAUUGAAAAAGGUCGAAGAAGCCCUAGGAUCACUUCAAAGUAAUAAAUCUCCAGGAGAAGAUGAUUUUCCGCCUGAAUUUUAUGAAAAGUUUAAAGAUUUAUUAGUUCCUCCUUUUAUGGAGUUAAUACGUCAAGCGGAAAGAACACAUAAACUUCCAGAAUCUUUCUCGACAGCUAUUCUAAUAGUAUUGCCAAAAAAAGGUAGAGAUCUUUUAAAGCCAGCAUCAUAUAGACCUAUUUCUUUAUUAAACACUGAUUAUAAAAAUAAUAGCAAAAAUCUUAUCUAACAGAUUAUCUAAAUACUUACCAAAAUUAGUACAUAUGGAUCAAACAGGAUUUAUUAAAAACAAUCAGCAGAUAAUGUAACUCGGUUAUUUAGUAUAAUUCAUUUAGCGCAAAAGAGGGAAGAAAUGAGCGUGACAGUUGCUUUAGAUGCAGAAAAAGCAUUUGAUAGAUUGGAAUGGGAUUUUUUAUUUAAGGUAUUGGAAAAAUAUGGAUUAUCUUUUAUAAAAUGGAUUAAAACCUUAAAUACUAAUCCCAAAGCUAAAGUAGUGACAAAUGGUCAAAUUUCAACACCAUUUCAGUUAACAAGGUCAACUAGGCAAGGUUGUCCAUUAUCACCCGCUUUAUUUGUGUUGGCGAUAGAGCCAUUAGCUGUUAAUUAGAGUGGACCCAGAUAUUAAGGGUUUUAGAGUUAAUCAGGAAGAAUACAAGAUUAACUUAUUUGCUGAUGAUGUUCUGCUUUAUCUAACAAACCCAUUACAUUUGUUGCGUAAAUUAUCCUAUAAAUUAGAAUAUGGGAGAAUAUCAGGUUAUAAAAUAAAUUGGGAUAUAAGUGAAAUUUUACCUCUUACUGAAGGAGAUUAUAGUCAAUGUCGAUUAAUAACCCAAUUUAGAUGGCUGGCAAAUGGUAUAAAAUAUUUAGGUAUAAGAGUUGAUAAUGAUAUAAAGAAUUUAUAUAAAUUAAAUUACUUACCACUAUUGAAAAAAAAUUCAAGAAGAUCUUGAUAAAUGGAUGGUAUUACCAAUAACUUUAGUAGGCAGAGUAAAUACCAUAAAAAUGAAUAUAUUUCCUAGAUUACAAUACUUAUUUCAAUCACUACCAAUACAAAUACCCCAGAAGUUUUUUCAAGAGUUAAAUAAAUAUGUGAGCAAGUUUCUUUGGAAAGGUAAGAUGUCAAGAAUAUCGUUGGAAAAAUUGACAUGGAAAUUUGAUCUAGGAGGGUUACAACUUCCAAAUUUUAAGAAUUAUUAUAAAGCAAAUCAACUUAGAUUUAUUGCAUCCCUUUUUGAGAAAGAUAAACCAGCAUGGAUUAGAAUAGAACUAGAUAAAAUAGGAGAAAAUAUACCAGAAGAUUUUAUAUAUAAAUGGGAAUCUAAAUGGAUACAGGAAAAGAAAGAAUCUCCUAUAUUAAAACAUUUGAUUGACUUAUGGAAUAAGAUAAAUGUUGACGAUGAGAUAAAGAAAUCCUUAUUAGCAAGGAGAUCUUUAAUUCAAAAUAGACUUAUUCCUUUUACAAUGGAUAAUCAACUUUUAUAUAAUUGGUUUCAAAAAGGGAUUAGAUAUAUAGGUGAUUGUUUUGAAGGAGGUAUAUUAAUGUCAUUAGAUCAAUUAAAGAAUAAAUAUAAAGUAUCAAACAACACUCUUUUUUGUUACUUUCAACUAAGGGCUUAUUUAAGAGAAAAAUUAGGUCAAACAAUGUUAUUGCCGAAAUCUCAUGAAAUAGAAACUUUAAUUCAAAAAGGAAAGAUUAAAAAAUUCAUUUCUUGUAUGUAUAAUUUGAUUCAAAAACAGGCAAUUAAACAAGGAGUCCAUAAAUCAAGACAAAAAUGGGAAAGUGACUUGAAUAUUAAAAUUGAAGAAAAAAAUUGGUCAAGACUAUGUCUUGAGUAUGACAAAUACAAUAAAUGUCCGGUUAAGAUUAGUGCAAUAUAACUUUUUACAUCAAUUAUAUAUUACACCACAAAAAAUAAAUAAAUUAAACCCAAAUUUAUCUGAGCAAUGUUUCCGAUGUAACCAAGAAAUUGAUACUUUUUUACAUUCUACUUGGUCUUGUUCUAAAAUUCAACCUUUUUGGACAAAUUUAGGAGUUUUAUUGGAACAAAUUAUUGGAAUACAACUUCCACAUAAUCCAAUAUUAUUUUUAUUAGGUGAUAUUGAAGGGAUAAAACCGAUACCCAAAUUGAAUAAAUAUCAGAAAGAAUUUAUAAAAAUUGUAUUGGCAGUAGCCAAAAAGGCUAUUGCAGUUACUUGGAAAUCGGAUACAUAUUUAAGUAUAGAUCGUUGGAAGAAAGAAAUUUAUAGCUGUAUUCCACUUGAAAAAAUUACUUAUAAUUUAAGAGAUAAAUAUGAAACAUUUUUGAAAAUUUGGCGCCCUUAUUUACAAAAGACAGGAUUAAAUAUAUAGAUGCUCCAAAGAUGAAAUAAUUGGUUAUUUGGGGAAAGAAAUAAAUAUAUAUACUAAAGUUAUUACGAACUCCAUGGAGCAUGUGGGGAUCUUCCAAUAUCCAGGCACUCUUUCUUUUUUUUCUUUCUUUCUUUCUCUUUUUUUUCUA